AUGUCAACACCCCCGACUUUUCAGGGAAUCAGAUUCAGACCAAGAGGCAAAGGCUUUGGCUUAGUUUGGCUUUGGCGUCCACAGCGAAAAGCCCCAUCACCUGUUUUGGAGCAGAACUAUCGAUGUUGUUGCAAUUUGUUUCCAGCAACGCUCGGCUUCAAAGCUCUCACAAUAUUCCUCGCGCUUUUGAUGUUGAUCAGUUGGCCUUCGUACAUUUACAUGUUUUUCACUACCAAUUUAAUAACAAUUCAACAGUGGAUUUUCCUAAUAUUCAUGAGUGGCUUUGUGGCGUUGGGGAUGAUCGCGAUUCAGACGAUGGCACCAUAUUUCAUUCAGCUUUAUCUGAUGAUCUUGGCCUUCUCCACCGGUCUCGUCGUUGUCACAACGAAUUUUCUGCUCUUACUGAAUCUGUUUGCAUAUUUUGGUGACUCUUACGAGGCUCGUUUCCAAAUCAAACGAAUCAUGGGACUGAAUGGAUAUCAGAUCACCGAUCAUGUCAUGGGAUACAUGUUGUUAGGAUUGUUUUUCUUCAUCUUUCUUUACUUGAUAAUCGCGAUUUGGCAGUUGAAACUCGUGUACUCAUUUCACUUGUUUGUUUGCGAUCGUCAAUUGGAAAUGGAGGAGAACGGUCGGAAAAGAACGGAAAUAAGAGGAAUUGAAGAAAGCGAAGUACCGCUCAAUCGACACCCCACCCCAUAUGUCGUU